UGUGUAGAAGAUCAAAUGCCAAGUCUACAAAGCUCCUUCACUUGCUUGUUUGUUGGCUGCCUACAGCCAGGCAGAGGAUCAGAGGCAGAGUGAAUGGCAUUCUCACCUUCACUCAGCUGCCCUUGCCUAUAUAUAACACCACACCUUUGCCCUACGACAGUUCUCUCGUCCACACUCUAUACCUCGACUUCUCCACACCAUCCUUUCGCAACAUGAAGGUCUACAUUUUCGUUUCUCUUCUCGCCGCCAUGGUCACGGCCUCACCAGGCUUCGUGACCACGACCAAGCGCACCGGCGCGUCCGCAGUCGCACCCACCAACUUCCCUCCCAUCUGCACAUUCGACCCGGUCAAGGGCGAGUAUGUCUGCCCGGACGUCUCUGAGGUCUCGGGCCAAGCCAUCAAAGACACCGUCCCCAAGGCCCACGCUGCUGCGGUAGCCGCUGAUUGCGGCAAGUGUCAGCACGACUGGGACGAGUGCAUGAAGGUCCGCAAUCCCCGUCCCUUCCUUAUUCCGCGGUUCUUGCUUUGCAGUACUUACAAUGUAUGUCGUGGUGAGGGCGAAGCUAACACCGAGAAGAAGUGGGGCUGCUGGUUCUACGACUGCAACAACCCCUGCAAGUGCCAGGUCGUCAAGAACGACGCCAGCUGCAAGGACUGCUCGGCUGGACAGUGUCAUGCUUAGAUGGCCUCCCGAGCUAUCGGGAUCUCGGAGCUGGGGGUUUGGUUAUCCCGUCGUUGGAACCUGUAUCGGUUUGUGCUGAGGCAUACUACUUUGGACGUGGCUGGAUACUCGAGCGGAUCGCAAACCACGGCUUGAGUUCCACAGCCGCUGGGCUUUCACUGGGUGGGAAUAGUGUGGAAUCGCUGGCCUGAUGUAGAAUAAGCCAGA